GAAGUCGCGCUAUCUGCAGUGCUUUCAGAAGGACGGCGAGAAGGUCGUGUCCCUGGCUCAUUAAACCAAAGCAGUUUUGAGAAAGGUGACUUGCAAUCCACUUUAUUAGAUGAAGAUAAAGGUAGUCGACCAGAGCUUGAUCUUUCAGCUGUUACUGAUAGAAGUGCUUGUGAAGAGACUCAUCAUUCAAAACCUGUUUGCAAAGGAGCUACUGGGACACGUAAAAGCCGAGCAAAAAAGGUGAGUCUCACUGCUUUCAUGUGUGUCUUUAAGCGAAAUGAUGAUGAUGAUGUGAUUGAAGAGCUGGAGUCUCUGACACUGCUUUUAACUUACCUAAGAAUAAAGGCAGAAAAAAAUCUUGCUGAGCUGGAGAAAAAAAGAGAAGAGAACUUGUUAAGGUUAUGUGAAGAAAAGGAGAGACAACAGGAGAAGCUCUGGGAGCUGAAGCGUGAAAUUCUACUCAAAGAGAGAGAGCACAGACUAGAGGAAGCAUUAGACAAACAGAUGGAUGUACUUUCCCCCCUUGUUGCUGUUUGUGAACAGUUUAAGGAGCAAUAUAAAAACUUUGCUACUUCGCUGGAUGCCGCUAGACAUAAAUUACCCAUCAGGAAUAUUCACAUAGAAGGAGAUGCACUAACAUACCUUGAUGGCCUGCAGAAGGAGUUAACUGUCACACAGGAACUUCUGGCAGAAAUUAUGCCAUGCUACUCAGAAGAAAGUGCACAAGUGUUUGGGGUACUGAAAGACCUUAAAGAAGUCUCUCAGAAACUGGAUCAAGAGAUUCAAAGGAGCUCCACACAAGUGCAGAACCUGGCGUUUGAAGUUAGUAAAGAAGUUUCUCUGUGUAACCAAAGAAAAUGUGAAGAGCAGCAUGGACCAGAUGUUGUAAGAGACUGGUACUUCGGCUAAGUUUGUGUCUUGUUUGACAAACGAGCGGGUUCUAAAGCAACGAGACCAUGCUUCUGUGUGAACAUACAACUUGUCCAAUUUUCAGUCAGUCAUACAACUUACCAACACUUUCAGGCUGUGUGAGCACUGUAAGCAUGUGUGCUUCCUAAAAUAAAGGGAGUUUUCUUCUGCA